UUUCUGUCAAAUUAAUAGUAAGGUGCGGUAUGCGCGAAGCUCUCGCCUUUUUAUUUCGAUCAAUGUUAAUUAUUGACGGGCAAUAAUGUUAUUGUUGAUCAGACGGAAUCAAAACAUCGUUAUCGGCAAGGUUAAUAGAUAUAAUAUUGAUGCAACGGAGUAAAGACGUUGGCUACUUAGCUAACAACAGUGAAAUGUUGAAAUAAACAGAUUAUUUCCCUUUGAGUUUCGGCGAUGUUCCUUGUGUUAAUAUUUCAGUGUUGUGUUUGUACAAUAAGCUGAAUGCGCCGUACUUUCUCGUAAUAUUUUGUGUUUUGUUUGUGAUAAGACAAUAUGGGUUCGACGGGCCUUACGCUGGCUGAUUUGCCUAAUAUUUUUAUUAUGAUAGGCGCUCUCAUUUCGCUAUUCGUAAUGCUAGUCAUACUGCUUAGGAACAUGGAGGUGAUAGGUAUUGUUGGCGAGGGUCGGGAGGAGACGUGGCCCCGCUCGAUGCAGCCGCCACGACUUCUCAUGCAGAGAGUCCAUAUACCAUUCACGUUCAAGGUCAUGGAGAACGAGCCUAUUGGAUACGGUGGUGUAAACUGCUGUGUGUCGUCAACAGUCCGUUAUUGGCACGCGUGUUGGUGGGGCGCACCAGUCCGGGACCUUCACCAGACCCUUUGGGGGACCCUGCCGGAGAUACUCGCUUCAAAUCACUUGAAUUUUACAAGAAGUAACCCCCACGACGAGAGCGUUCUUAAGCUGUCAUCUGAUGAGGCACUUCAGUUGGGCCCGCCGCCUAGAAGCUGCUAUCCCCUGGUUGUUAUUCUGGCACGAGACCAGAGAGACACGGCGGAGCUGAGGCCUGAUGAUACGGUGGCCCUUGUGAGUAUAGUUCACAUAAAAGACGAGCAAUGCCCACUUCCGAGUGGAGUCAUUGCGCAAUAUUUGAAACAGGCCAACGGACACUUAUCAUGCUUAAAGCAAUUGUAUGUGUCCGGGGAGAUGGCAGACGUGGACGAGGGAUAUCGGGCCAAGGGCGAAGCCUUGUGCUGCGUGUGCGCAGCCGCCCCUUUAUCUCGCGCACUGUUGCCAUGCCGACAUGCCUGCUUAUGUGCGGGAUGUUUACCGAAGCUAGACAAAUGUCCAAUAUGUCGCAGCAUUAUCACGAGUUACUUUUGCAUCAGAAACGAGGAGGAACCGCGAUCAGACAAACAACAGUAUCCCAUUAAUAGGCGACUUCUAAAUCUAUUUCACUAUCACUAGCCCUUAACAUUAUUUGAGCCAUAGAUAAUAGAACAUAAGGUCUUGGCUCGAACAGUAAUUUGACCUGAUUGACGUGUGUGGUGGAUCCACCAAUUUGAUUAUUGUAUUUUUUUAAUGUAUACAUUCUGAUUACUCUAAAAGUUUGCGAUAAAAAUGAAAUUUAUCGAAAAUGUCAUGUGUCAAAAGCGCUAGAGAUGGUAACACUACGAUGCGCUAAUCACUAUCCACAAUAAAAUGGCUGACUUCAUGACGCGUCAUUUGUUUUGGGAAUAAACAGUAAUAAUCUCAUCGAGACGUAAGUAAAUCGACUAAUAUUAAGUCACAAACCAACAUUCAGAAAGUGUCAAUUGUCACCUGUCAAAUUGACAUUUGAUUGUUUACUUAAUCUAAGUGUUGCUUGACCUGUCAUGCAUUUACUUACGUAUUGGCAUUUUUACUCGAAGCAAAUGACAGACCAUGCGCCAUUAAUGGGCUGUGCACUGUGGUGAGUUAGCAAAUUUUCUCUUUAUUACUCAUCUCUUAACAUAUGUAAAACGUGUAUAAAGCCUAAUACUGUCUCCAUACAAGGUUAAAUGUUAAGUUCUCGAACACGACUCGUUAGUUUAACUGUGAGUGAAAAAUCCGUAUUUUACGAAGGAAUUUAACGUCAGCCACAUUGCGUAGACAGAAUAUAUAUUUUUUUGAUAUUGCGUAAAAUUUAUUAUAGCGCCAUCUACCGUGAUAAUUUUUACCUUUGCUUUCCUUUAUCAUAAAUUGUCAAAAUUUAAUGUGAUGUAGUAUAGAUAUUUAAAAGACAAUGUUUGUUUGUGAUAUUUUGCGUGAAUUUAUUUGUACAAAUGUUUAUUUAUUAGAUUUUAAUUCUUUUUGGGAGCUCCGAACUUCGAGGACACUGAAGAUGUUUUAAGUUUUUUUCAAACAAACCCUUUAUGCGUCAGAUAUUUUGUGUCAACAUGUUUAAGGACAUCUGUGCGUCUAAACCAAUCGUAAAUUAUACAAUUUUUGUAUAUCCCGUUGGAAACUAUAAAUUUUCACAGCGUCCAAGUUUGGCGAUACUUUUGUGUUCGAAAUGUCUCACACAAAAGUAUUUGUUUAUGUGUUGUCAAAACAGCAAUUGUUAACAUUAAUUUAUUAACAAGUAUUUUGUGUAUUAAGAUAUGAUUAAUUUCCUAUUUUCUGAUAAAAUAAGAGUGGGUGCAAAGAAUGAAACUGUGAUAAAAUUAAUGCUUUGUGAAUUUGCUUUGUAUGUGUACAUAUAACAUAAAUUAUUAACAUAAGUCGCUUACUAAUAUAAUAUAGAUCACUGCUCAUAUAACUUUAGGACUCGCUUAGUCGUGUGCUGUCAACCACUGGCGCCUUAAAACUGGCAUUUUAUUCGUUAAUUAGAUAAAUUAAUUUUGAUAUGUAACAUUUAUUUUAUUUUUUCUGUUGACCGUACCGUCUACAAUAACACAAUGUUAUUCUUGGUUAAAUCUGAACGAAGUCAGGGCCUCAGCUAGUAAUUUAAUUAUAACAAAUGCUAUUUAUAUUAAAAACUUCUUAAGGCGCCUCUGGUGUGUUAAAACAGCUUAUAGUUUCACUUUAUCUCAUCUACUUUUUUUUAAACUACCCUCUUUAUAACCUUAAUACACUGAAUUUAACUAGAGGCAAUACUUGACGUUAACUGUGUAAUACUUUUUUAAAAGAGGGUACCUCGUAAGAAAUUGUCGUUUCCGUGACUUCUUGAUUGUAAUAAAUGUAAAUAAGUCUCACGAAUCAGCAGAAAUUCCCUAAAUACACCAAAUUGUCUCGACUCAUACAUUGCAAAAUUCAUCAAUUAGUAUAUAAAGCCUGGCAGAGGCUAAUAAGUCAACAAAUGUAGAUGGUAUAUUUUCAAAAUGUGUAAAUAAAUAAGAUUGCCAAAGUUA